CUUCAGGUUUAGUGCAUUGGUGACCACAUUGGAUAUAAGACGUUAUUUUUAAAACCAUACACACUCGUUCGAGUGGAACCGUUUUAAUUUUAAAGUAAACACACACCAACUAAGUUGAAGUGAUGGAUUCUUCGACAUAAAAACAUUCCAUCUUUCAACGAAGAAGAUAAUUAAGUGACACAGAGAACUAAAAAUAGCAAAACAUGUUUUAGAAGCCGAAAAAAAAGUAGUUGAAAGAAUUUAUGAUAUAAAUAUUGACGUUUGUUCGUGAAUUAUUGCAUUUGAACGUUAUCUUGCCUGGCAAAUCGGCAAAAAAAAAACGGAGAUUAGUUACGGAAGCGGACGUAAUGAAGUAUCAUCACUGUCUCUGUGUACGGCAUCGAGAGACAAAAUCUUUCUGAUUAGUUUGGUGAAGCGGUCUUUUUGAAAAAACGACGAAAAAACAAACAAAAUAAAUCCAAAGUGACAAUAUUUGCACGAAGACGAAAAAUAAGUGAAAAGUGAUAGCGGACGUGAUUUAAUUUCAGUGUGUUUUUUUAAGUUAAAAUAAACACGAAGUGCAGGAGACUUUCAAAGGAAAAAUCCGGUGUUUAAGAGUCGACAACGCGUCGAAAUAUCUUUUUUAAAAGAUUUUUCUUUCCAAGAACUCGAAGUGAGACGUGUGUUCUUUCAUUAUUCAUCGGUAAAAAAAUCAAUCAUCGAAAAUGCUUCCGAUAAGGCGAGAAGCAUUUUCAUGGAUUCUGCUGCUGCUGAGUUUGGCUGCCUCGAUUGAGCAAAGUCAAUCGAACGAAGCACGUGUUGUGUGUUAUUAUACAAAUUGGAGUAUAUACCGACCGGGAACAGCCAAAUUUAGUCCACAAAACAUAAAUCCAUACUUGUGUACGCAUUUGAUUUAUGCUUUUGGCGGUUUUACAAAAGAUAAUCAAUUGAAACCGUUCGAUAAGUAUCAAGAUAUUGAAAAGGGUGGAUAUGCCAAAUUUAACGGUUUGAAGACGUACAACAAGAACUUGAAAACAAUACUCGCCAUUGGUGGAUGGAAUGAGGGCUCAAGCCGAUUUUCAGCGAUGGUCGCCAGCCCUGAUAGACGCCGCGAAUUCGUUAAAAACGCAGUCAAAUUUUUGCGACAAAAUCACUUCGAUGGAUUGGACCUCGAUUGGGAAUAUCCAGCUUUCCGCGAUGGUGGCAAACCUCGAGACAAAGAAAAUUAUGCCAAAUUCGUGCAGGAAUUGAGAGAGGAAUUCAAUCGCGAAUCAGAGAAAACCGGCAGAUCUCGAUUGCUUCUUACAAUGGCGGUGCCGGCCGGUACUGAAUAUAUACAAAAGGGUUACGAUAUUCCAAAGCUUAAUAAGUACUUGGAUUGGUUCAAUUUACUCACUUAUGACUAUCAUAGUGCGUUCGAGCCCUCAACGGCGCACCAUUCGCCAUUAUUUGCACUUGAAAAAGCAUCCGAAUAUAAUUUUGACUCUGAAUUAAACAUUGAUUACACAAUAAAGUUCUAUAUAAAUGAAGGCGCAGACCCAAGCAAAUUAGUUUUGGGAAUUCCUACAUACGGCCGAUCGUAUACGUUGUUGAAUGAAGAAUCGACCGAUAUGGGCGCGCCAACAGAUGGACCCGGUGCACAAGGCGACGCAACGCGCGAAAAAGGCUAUUUGGCUUACUAUGAGAUUUGCCAAAGUAUCAAAGAAGACGAUGCAUGGACAGUUGUGCAACCGAACCCGAGUGCAAUGGGCCCCUAUGCUUUUCGUGAAAAUUUAUGGGUGGGAUAUGAUGAUGAAGCGAUCGCAAGAGCGAAAGGUGAAUAUGUUGUGGCGAAUGGAUUGGGUGGUAUUAUGUUUUGGUCAAUUGAUAACGAUGAUUUCCGUGGCACGUGUCACGGUCGACCAUACCCGAUCAUCGAGGCUGCCAAAGAGGCGCUCAAUAGAGAAAGUGGCAGCGAAAAUGACGUGAUAACUCCAGCCAAACGUAAGAAGCCAAGCCGUUCACGCAGUCGUAUAAAUUCAAACUCAAAAACGAACAAUGUUAACAGCGAUCAAGAUGAGGAAAAAACAAUACAACGCCGACCAACGGCAAGACGCACCAAACCGACACCAAAACCGGUGGUAAAAGAAGCUGUUGAAUACUCCAGUCCAAAUUCCAAAAAGCGCACGACGACACCAGAGCCUCCAACGACACCAAAUCCAGGCGCAGAUUUUAAAUGUGAAGAAGAAGGUUUCUUCCCCAAUCCUCAAGAUUGUAAAAAAUAUUUCUGGUGUUUGGAUAGUGGGCCAUCAAAUUUGGGCAUUGUUGCACAUCACUUCACUUGUCCAUCUGGUUUGAUAUUCAAUAAGCUCACCGAUUCAUGCGAUUAUGCGCGUAAUGUUAUAUGCGAAAAACCGAAAACUACAACUCAAAGUGCAACAACGGAAAGUACAACAAAAAAAUCAUCGACGGCAAAGAGUAUUAUUAUCGGAAGACCUUCAACAACAACACCAGCGCAAUCGGAGGAAGAAGAAGAGGAGGAAUAUGAUGAAGAAGAAGACGAACCGGUAGAUGUGAAAACAUCGGUUAACACAAAACUCGAGCAUGCACUAGAAGAAGAAGAUCCAGAGGUGAUUAAGGAAUUGAUAACACUUAUUAAAAAAGUGGGUGGUCUCGAUGAACUGGAAAAACAAUUACAAAUGCGAUUAAAUCUAAACGAAAACUCGGCCAUUGUUGGUACCGGUGGUAAAACGACCACCACUACCGUUUCACCAAUUAGCCAAUCACAAUCAUAUAAUAAAGUUCUUGGAACGAAACGAGGCAACCUUCGUUCACAGAAAGUCUUUGGCAGCACACAAUCGAAUGGUGAUGUUGAACCGUUGGUGCAACGACAAAAUAAAGAAAAUCGCUAUUCGUCAGUUAUUCGAAAUAGUCGACCGCGACCACAAAACGAUGGACUUGAUAAAUUACCAGAAGUUGAAGGUGGCGGUUUGAUGCGUGAAAGACCACAAUACACAACAAUUACACGCACGCAAGCGCCAAAAUCACAACAAGAGUCUGAGGACGAAGAAAAUGAAAAUAAUAACCGAUUUUCGGUUACACAAUCAUCGAAUGGUGAAGCUUUUGAAGAGGAUGACAACGGUCCAACAACACAUCAACCAGUUUAUAAUUAUGUAAACAUUCAACGAGCCAGGCCAUCAAGCACCGCCGCACCGGUCGAAGAUGAGGAGAGUGGAAAUGAAAGCGAUGACGAAGCCGACGAUGAAGAUGAAGAUGAAGAAGUAAUGUCGGUUUCAGUAAAUCCAACGACAACGUCUAAAAUGCAUUAUGUUAACAUUCAGCGGAUUCGACCCACCAAACAACACUACAUUUCGGAUGAAAUUGAAAGCGAAACUCCCGUUCCAGAAACAAAAUACAAAGCGGUGAGCCGAAAGCGUCCAACAACCACUCAAAUCAGCAUCAUUGAACAGGAUGACGAGAAAUUGGGUGCCAAUCGAUAUUCAUCACCAACAACAACAGCAUCAUCAACAACGGUAGAAAGCGUAAAUAAUCAUUUUACAAACACACCUGAAACAUCAACACGAUUUUAUGGCAGUUUAAAUCGCCGUACAACUACAAUACAAACAGAACAAUAUUCCACCACACCACAAACAUCAUCAUCGUCAUAUGACAAUCCUAAUCCUAGCACGACAACAACACCACCACAAACAACAACAUACAAAUUGACCACCAACAUUAACACAAACGAUAACACAAACACACAUGAUUCACAAUACACAACCCAAUUAAAUGAUUUAGGCAUUGAACUAACGGUCAGUACAUUGCAACCAAAUGCCGUUGACAAUUCAAACGUAUACACAACUACAGACGAUGGUAGUUUGGUUCAAUUGUCCGAUUUAAUACCACAAAAAUCAUUUGACACCACAAAUAGCCAAGACAAAAAGACUGACAACAUUCUACUAACCCCACAGACUAAUCAACCCGAUUUAAUCAAUACAAAGUAUUCCCAAUCGUCCAAAAAUUCAGACAGUAACAGUCGCGUAACGACUGAACAAGAUGAACAUUUGUUAGGUUCAAAAUUGACAACGACUAUUUUACCGACCGAAAAUCCAUCUAGUCCUACUGUCACUCCAAGUUCUUUUGUAUUUGAACAACAUCAAAAUGAAUACACUACCACGCAAAGUAAUCAAAUUGAAAGUUCGUCGUCGUUGUCUAUGUUUAAGCCAACGUAUGGUGGUGGCAUUUCAAGUCCACGACCAUUUUCGUUUUCAAAACGUACGCGUCCCACAACAACCACCACCACCAGCACAACCACCGAAUUACCGUCACCGAAUGUCGAACAUGCUUCGCAAACGAAUGACUCAAACAAGGUGAGUGUCGCAAGCAAUCAAAACGACGACAAUGACAGCAAUUAUGUCAUUGGUGAGAAUUUACUCACACAUGAAUUAAAUGGUAUACAGGUAAGUGGCGCAGAUGCAAAUGCAAAUGCAGCAUUGAAUGUUACCCUUUACUCGAUUGCAAAGGCGACAGAUGAUAAUGAUGAACAUACAAAUGUUGUGACAACCAAUGACAUCACUACUCAAUCUGAUUUUGAUAAUCUAUCUUCUAAUACUUCUCAAGCUUCUUCUUCUUCUUCCACUUCCACUGUCUCUUCUAUUGUAAAUAGUUCAACUGCUUCUGCAAAUAGUCGAUUUAGAUACAAAACUCGUGUAAAUACGCAACAAACAACCGAACAAUCAAUUUUAGCCACACGACGUACGGUAGUUAAUCGUCGCAUUCGUACACGUCCGACGGCUCGACAUUUGAAUGCCGAACAAAAUCCAACGAAUCCGAUUUUAGACGACGACAGUGUUCGUCAUGUUACUUAUAAUAUUGCACGCCAAAAUGUGCAACAAACACAUACUGAAAUCGAAACGAAUGAUGAAAAUGAAUAUAAGCCCGAAUAUGAUGAUCGAACAAAUGUUAUUCGACAAAACCCGGCACUUCGUCGGUUUCGACCGAAAUUGAGUGAUUUAUUACAAGAGACAUCGAACGGCUUGCCAGCGAUUGCACACAAUCCUGAUCAAGGUGAUCGUGUCUAUCGACCAGAUCAAUUGGGCAGUGACUUCAGUUCAUUGACUUCCAUCGAUCUUAAUCGUAAGCAAAGUUCGUCGCAACAAACGUAUCGAUCACGGAAUUCAAGACGUCGGACAACUAAACCGACGCCUGAAGUUAUUCCUGAUGACGAAAGACCCGAAGAAAUUAUUGAACAAGAAGUGCAAUCAGUAACACCUCGAACUGCAAGAACACGAGUUGUCAAUCGGUUCAGUUCAUUGAGAGGUCGCACUCGCGUUUCGAGCAAAGAAGAUUCAGUUGUUGAACAAAGUAAUAAUGUACCAUUUGUGGAUACUGUUGCUGAUGUUACAGAGUCUGAUGCACAACCAACGGUUGUGCCAUUGGCUCGUAAAAUCAAUCUCGAUACAUCAUUUAAAAAUCGCUUGAAUGCCGUGGAAAAACGUAAAAAACAAUUUGGUCAAAAAUCAGUGGCUGAUGGUGGUGAUUCACCAAUCAUUUUCUUACAUCCACGUCGAUAUUCGACAAAAACCCCACCCAUUGAUUUCAAUGCAUUAAAUAUGGAUUUGAAUGCAAAAUUCAUACCAAAUGCGAAUGUUGAUUUAAAUGAAAAGGUCGAUGGUAAACUCAAUGUCAAUCUCACGCCUCAAAAUAACGAAUUACCAGUCACAACUGAGUCAUUGAAUACUUUAAUUGGCAAUAAUGAAGAUCAGACUUCGCAUAUUUUAGAAGCAAUUGAAGAAAGUACAAGCGAAGAGGAACAAUAUGGAACGAGUCGUUUAUUCAGACAAAAAGUUGAAGAAAUUCAAGGAAUUAUCGACAGUUUUAAAUCAACUGAAAUUUCAUUGGCAACCGAAACGACUACAACAUCACCGAGAGUGGGUUUCGAAAAUGGUGAGAACUUGUUGAAAUUUGCAAAUGCAAUAGGCGCUUUGAAUGAUGACGUAAGUACCAAAGUACCACUUGCCGUUGAAGCCACUACCGUCGAUGAAGAAAACCUCGAGACGACAACAAAUGGGGUCAAUGCAGCAAAUUCAUUGGAUAUUGAAUUGACGGUAAAUUCAUUGGGAAGUUCGACUGAAAAUAUUCAAUUUUCCACCGAAGAAAAUCGCUCAAGUACUGAGGAGGCAAUUAAUGAAAGCACUUCGUUGCCAACAGUAAGUCGAAAUACGGUCAGUCAAAGAAGAAGACCUGCAUACAGACGAACAACUGAAGCACCAGUUGAGAUCAGUUCAUCCACAGAAAAUGAACGACGCCGCUUGCAAUCAAGAAGACGUUUCACUUCAACCACUACCGAAGAAAAUUCGGUGCCAAAUGAUGGGGUUGCAAGCUCAACGGCAAGAACACGUCAACAGGUAUAUCGGGGACGUGUAAGAGGUUCAGCAAAUACAAUUAGCCGUUAUUCGAAACGAAAAGAAAUUGAAAAUGAAGAAAAUGUUGUCUUCUCGACUGCAGUCCCAUUGGCUGCAUUCCCAACCACAGAAACAAGUGGCUUUAGCUCAGAAAGUCCAAAUAAUUUGGCAAAUGCUAUUAACAAUUUAGAUAUUGAAUUAACCUCAGAGAUCGGUUCCACCGAAAGCACUCGAUUGGAGAGCGAUGAGGCAAGUGUCGAACUGUUACCGAGUGAAAAAUCAAAUGAAAGUUCAUCGUUAGCGAAUGUUGAAAUUGUUACUGAAGCUGGUGAAAUUAAAUUCAAUUUGAAUAUCAAUUCGGCUGAAAUAACCGAAAGCUCAGUUGAGCAAACCAUUUUCAAUCUUCCCAGCGAGGAUUUGCUACCACCGGUUAGCGAAAAUUCUUCCGAUGAAAUUCCAAUCAGUAGCACGGAAACUGUGCAAAGUACCGAGUCAAGUAGUACAACUGAAGUGAAUCAAUCACAACGAAAUGUGGUAAUUAGACGACGACCAGCAAAUAGACAGAGAGUAAUUGAAAGUAAUUCGGCUGUAAUUCAAACAAUUAGCGAAAGUGGAAAUGAACAUUCAGACAAUGUCGAUGUGAUAAGGAAUGAUGAACGACGUCGUAAAAUUUUCCGCGGCAGAGUUCGUGCUCAAACGGCUAUUAAUGCGGAAAAUACAGAAACUGAACAUAAAAAUACGAACUUUGAGCCAAGACGUCGCCGUAUUCAAGGCAGACCAACAAGCACGGAAGCUACAGUCGAUGAAAAUGUUUCACAUUCGGAAAAUGAGCAAAGCGAACAAAAUGCUGGCAUUCAAAUUACACGACAACGACGACCAUUAGCUGGUCGACGAUUCAAAUCCACAACGACUGAAGCGUCUGAAUUGAAUGAAAAUGAUGAACACGUUGAAUUGAAUCAACAAGAAGGUCAAGAAAAGCAUGGAAACACUUUGACAUCACGUCAACGCGUUCAAUUUUCAAGAACACGUUUCUCUACCACCACCACUGAAGCAUCAAAUUUAGAGGAAAAUAUUCAAUCAGAAAAUGUUGAAGAGAAUCAACAAGAAAAUCAGGAGAAACAAGAGAACACUUUUAAAUCACGUCAACGUGUUCGAUUUUCAAGAAGACGUUUUACGACUACCGAAGCAUCCAAUUUGAAUGAUAAUGAAUCGGAAAAUGUAGAAAAUGCUUCCGAAGAAAUUCAUCAAACUGAUACAACACGUCAACGUCUACCAUUUGCGCGGCGAAGAUUUUCAACAAGCACCGCCGGACCAGAAGCAAAUAUUGAACAAGAGAAUGUUGAAGAUGGUGUCAGUCAUGAGGUAAAUUCGAUUCGGCAAAGCACAAAUGUGAGUGAGGAAAAUGAUGGUCAAGUGAAUGUGCAAAGAAAUCGAUUCGAUGCUCAACGCCGACCAAAUUACCAAAGAGCAAGAUCGACCACUGAAUCAACGGUAGGCAAUGAUGAAAAUGCGAAUGAAAGCGUGAAUGGUAAUGAAGGUGACGUUGAAAAUCAAAGUCAAAAUAUUCGCGUUCGAUUUCCAAUUGUUCGGAAGCGCCCAUACGGCCAAAGAGCGCAAACAUCCACUCAAUCGGCUGAGGUGAUAACCGAAAAUGAUGGUGAAACCAUCGAAGGAAACUUGAACAAUGACAAUGAAAAUGCCGAAGAAAAUGUGAAUACCAAAAAUGAAAAUCAACGUCAACGAACUCGAAUUUCAUUUCCAGUUAUUCGGAGACGUCCAUUCAGCCAACGAGGUCGUACAUCGACUGAAAAUGUCGAAGGAGUAAAUGAAAGCACUAAUUUUGAAGAGAAUGUACGCGAUGAAAAUGAGAAUGCCGAAGAAGCGUUCAAUACAGAUAAAGAAAAUCGAAGUAACCGCGUCCGAAUUACCGAUUAUCGACGACGACAGUUUGCAUCCAGAACACGUGUCGAAUCAGGUAAAAACGUAGAAGAAAGCGAAAAUCACAACGAAAAUGCUGAAGAAAACACAAAUAAUGAUAGUGAAAAUACACGCGCCCGAAUUCCGGCCCUUCGUCGCCGUCCAUUCCCUUCAAGAACAAAGCUCACAACUGAAACAGCAAAUGAAAAUGGCGAAGAAGCUCAAACUAACGAAGAAAAUUCGGAUAGUUCAGAGCAAACAAGUGCGUUAAAUUCAUUUUCACAAACGAAAUCAAGCGGUUUUCGACGACCAUUUGGUCGAACUCGACUAACAACCACUGAACAAUCGUCCGAAAAUCAUGAAUUGAAACAGGAGCAAGAACAAGAACAGGUAAAUGAAGAAAUCAAUGAUGAACUGACACCACGAUCACGUCCAACAUACAAAAGGAAAAAGAUUACAUCGUUCAAAGCGAUAAAUGUAGAAGAAAGCUUGGCCCGUACAGCGUCGGGUGGAAAAAUUCGGUUUGGCACAAAACCAGUUGAAACUGUUGAAGACACGCCCGCCGAAGAAAAGGAAAUUGAAAGCACAAAAGUGCAAGUUAAUGUUUCAGAACGGCAAAAAGCGAAUCGCAAAUUGUAUGCAAGAACCACCACGACCACCACUACAACAACGCCGGCGCCAGAGGAUGUUGCCAUUGAAGAGAAUGUAACUGAAUUUAAUCAAGAUACAAAUGAAUUUGGUGUAACAGAAGCAGGCGAAGAAGGUGUCACACAAGUGGAUUUUGAAGCACAUGAUAUUGAAUCGGGUACUUUGAGCGAUUUGAUUGCAAGUACAGAAGUUUAUACUGAAUAUUUGAACGAAUUUGGAAGAGCAUUGUCAACUGAAAGCUCAAAUGAGGAAAAUUCAACUGAUAAUCAACAGGGUAAGUCGAAUUUGGAGGAAGAAUAUGAAUUAAGCAUUAAAACAGUUUCAGAAUCCAAAGGCAAAUCUGAAGUUGACUCAAAGUCGGAAGUAAAUUCCGAAAAAUCUGAGUCGAAUUCAGAAAUAAAUGUUGAAUCAAAUGCUCAAGCUGACGCAAAACCAACGGUACAAAGGACUGAUGCGUCGAACGCAGCACUCAAAAAUUUGAACAUUCAAAGACGCAGAAAGAAGUUGCGUAAGAUACCAUCAUCCACGGCCGCGCCAGAAGAAGUGCCAGAGACGGCAAGUGUUGAAACCACUCCGGAACGAAAAUCCUUUAUUGGAGCCAGGAGCCGUGAGAGAGUGAAAGCUUUUGUACCACCCGGUUUGCGUUCAAGCCGCAAACAAUUGAUCCAAAGAAAAGAAGAAGUUAAGAAUAGUCUCGAUUCAAAAGAAGAAACUGAAGAGUCUGUCGAUCAAAUCGAUGGUGAGGUCGAAAGACGGCCACGACCAAUUUAUUCACCGAAAUUAAUACGAGGUCGUACUUCGGCUCGGCCAAAAUUCAGUCUAAAAUCGACGACUGAAAAUUUAGAAGAUGAACAAGAUUCAUCAGUUACACGUCGUACAUUCACUCGUAAAUAUACAAAAGUAUUCAAAUUGCCCAAAAGUCCAAAUGACGAUGACACAAAUCAAUUCCAAGACAAUGUUGAAAAUGAUGAAAAUCAGAGCGAAGAAACCGAUAGUCAAGAAAAUCAAAAUGAGGAAAAUGACGAUGCUCAACCUCAGUUGAAAUUCCGUCCAAAAGGUUAUAGCGGUAAUAGUCUUUCAAAGAAUACGGUAAAUAAUAAUAAUAAUGAUGGUAAUAUCCAUCCGGCAUCGUUGCGACCGUUUGUAAAACGGCCGACACAAAGUCCUGAGCCGACAGUAGUGUUAGAUGGUAUCAAUGUGAACGCACUUAAUGUUCGUAAUCGUAAUUUGUUCAAUAAAAAUAGUAAAAAACACGGUGAAAUUUUGAAAACGACCCAUGAUCACCAUCACCACCAAAUUCAAUCAUCACAGUUAAAUACUAACACCGAUCUAGAUGAUCAACAUACAUUCACUGAUUCACCAAUUUCCGAAUUGGAAUUGCCACACACAGAAAACCCAUCAUACGAUCAACAACAAUUAACUAUUGUCACCGAACGUGAUGAUAAUGAUAAUUUUGUUGAUUCUAACACAAACACACUAACUGACAAUAAUAAUAAUAAUAAUAUUGAAGCCACCACAACCAUUUAUACAUCCAUAAAUGCCAUAAAUGAAAAAGACGAUGAAUUUUCAUCAUCGACUGAUCAUGAUGAUGAUGAUGAUAUCAACAACAUUCCCACUGAACAUAAUAUGAAUUCAAUAAAUUUAGUAGAUAACUUACAGGAAUCGGCAACCAUCAAACCAAUUCGAAAGUACUCAAAAUCAACAACGGUCACACCGACCACCAUCAAACCAACAACGUAUCAUCAUGUAUUUGCUAUUGACUACGAUGAAAAUCCAUUAGAAUCGAAACGAAAUCAAACGCCAAACGAAAUUGGUCACGAUGAUCCGAAUGCGUCAGUGAUUUCGAAAAAAGUGGAAAAAUUGGCCGAAGUAAAUCGAAUUGUUGAAGUGUAUUCGCAACAGCGAAGACAAACUAUUCAACGCAGUUCGAAUGGAAAACAAAAAUCUCAAACAUCAAAUUUAAUCAUUGAACGUUUGCCCACCGUAAAUAAGCUUGGCGAAAUAAACCGGGUGACAUUGAUUAAAUUGGUCGAUCAUCAAAAUGAUACAAAACCAACGGCCAAAGAGUUUAUCACAUUUUUAACGACAACGGCACGGCCGGCCAUCGACGACGAUGACACCGAAACGGUUAAAAAAGAGAAAAAAUCACGGCAAAUCUUCUUGCCCGAUAGCAUAUUCAGUGUCGAAACAUCGACCAUUCCAUUAGAAGGCCUAUUUCAAACGGAUCGAAAUGGCAAACGGCUAAAUAUUGUCUAUGCAACGACAGCUGACGAUUCGAAUUUACAAAGUAGUCCAAGUUCAGUAUUUAUACCUCAAACCACAACCGAUACACCAUUCGCACAAACCACUGUCGUUGCAAACGGUGCGAAUGAUGAAUUUGGCGAUACAACCGCCGAUUCGGUUAAUGAUAUUCAUGUUGUAAAUGUCAAACAAUCAAAUGCAAUACCAAACGAUUCAGCAACACCAUUAGUCAUUUCACUAUCGAAUUUGGAUAGUGUUCAGCUUCUAAGUCCAUUAUCGUCAACAAAACAAAAUGCAACAACAAAACUCACCAAAGCAAAUGCAUACGAUGGUGCGGUUGCUUCCUCCGGGAAGGUAAGCCAAAUUAUUGAUGCACCGCAUGUAGUAGUUGAACACAGCACUGUAGAUAACAUAGUUGAGUUGUCCGGUUCGCCUGUUGUUAACACACAUACCAGUUACAGCAGCGAAAUAACCCAAACAAAAGUCAAAUUGUCACAACUAAAACCAUCAAAUGCACCAAGUAGCGAUACUGAUGACAAGUCUGAGGUUCGUCCACAAUAUCGUCCAGGAUUCCGUCGUCCAACGAUCACAGUGUCGAAAAAAUCGAAACCAACGCAAUCAAAUGAUAUCACCGACACGACUGAAUCAUCGUUUUCGGUUACAACGCGCAAGAGCUUGAACAAUAACAAUCCAUACGUGCGAAGAAGAUCGCGACCAACUUAUAUCCCCACAACAUCGCACACAACAGUCGCUGCAAUCGCUUCAACGGUUGCAAAUCGAAACAACGAUACGAUCGUUAACAAAAUUCUUCAACGCAGAAAGUUUGGGCGCCCAUCAUCAGCACCAGUUUCUGUUGACGCUGCUGGAACGGUAACGAACACCGCAAGCGAAAGGAAACGUGUGACACAAACAAAAACUCGCCCAACAACCGAAUCAGCUGCAACUGUAGAAAAUUUACGACGAACACAAAAUCCAUAUUUCCGCCGACGCUACGCCUAUACAUCGACAACAAAAUCACCAAAGACAACAACAAUUGAACCAGAAACGAUUUCGGUGUCUGGCAUCGGUACGGCACGUCAUUCAUCGGAUCAAGAGCAUGAACCAAGCAUUGUUGAUCGAAAAUUUUCGCAAAGUAAUCAAAUCGAUUUGGGCACCGAAAUUAUAAGCCAAGGUUUGGGUGAAGCUAUCACAUCAAUUUCACGUGCACCAUUACCAUUCGUUGCAUCCACAACGGUACGUAAUGUAAAAAUUACAACACCCGGAGCAAUUAAAUAUAAUAACGAUGAUUCCGAUUAUCAAAUAUCGAAACGAGCUGAUUCACCACCGAAUAGAUCAAUAAAACCAUUGGAGCGUCAACAUCUUUCAUCGACUGUUGGACCCGACCUACUGUUACCGCACAGUGAAAUUCACGACAGUCAAGCACGGCCAUCGCGGGAUUUUAAACGCACCGAAAAAGUCAUUCGAACAUUUAGCCGAAUUAAUUUGAACUCCGAUCCGAGUGCAAAGGUAUCUGCAUCAUUGAAAGAUAAACCGAAGAAAAUUGCAUAUCGUCCGGUGAACGAAUAUGAUUAUUAUGACGAUGGAGAUAGCAUCAUUGGCAAAUCCACAUCCAAAGUGAAAGUCAUUUUACAUGAUGCCGGUAUAAUUGAGUGCUUAGAUCAAGGCAAUUUUCCGCAUCCACUAUCAUGUCGAAAAUUCAUAUCCUGUGCGAAAAUGGAAAUUGGAGGCGUGGUCGGGUGGGAAUAUACAUGUCCGAAGGGACUGAGCUAUGAUCCCGUCGGUGGUAUAUGCAAUUGGGCGGCUGGGUUAGGAUGCAAAGAGUGAGAGAAAUCGAAAGUGCAUAUAGCAUCAAAUUUGUUUCAAAACACACAGUCAUCAUCCUCCAAUUGAAUUAAGUCAUAGACGAAUAUACACAUAAAAGAAGACAAAUUGACAAAACUAGAUUACGAGCCAUCUGAAAAUUGGAUUUACAUGAUAUUUGACUCGCUUUUCAUGUUUAAAAUGAGGAACAACUCCAAUUUUGUUAAACAAAAACACUUGGACACUUUUUUCAUUUCGCAAUUAUCUAAAAGAUUAAUUUGCGCAAAGCUUAAAUCCACAAAGAACAUGAAUUCUUUGAUGCCAUCUGUUAACUUUUUAAAAGAUAUCGUCUUCGUGUGUUUUUCGAUUUUUCGCUCAUUUGAAAAGAAAUGCAAUGCAAAAUCAAACGAAAUAUCAUCCAUAUACCUUUUUUUACGUUGCUCGUCGCCUAGUUCUUUCUUGUGUGUAUUUAGAGAUAGAAAAACAUUGUUGUUAACAUUUUCAAAAAAAAACUUGUUCUUAAGAUUUCAAUAUUAAAUUUUAAUUUUUCUACUAUUUACUUCUACGAGCCCAAUCUCAACUUCGUUCUGUUGUACUCUCUAUUAGAGAUAUAUACAAAUCAUACAAUGUUAGUUUAUAAGUAUUUAAAUAUUUGAGAGUAGACGUUAGCAAUAUCAUUAGGUCGUUAUUUAAGAUUUACGCAAAUUUUUUCAAUCAAAGCGAUUAUUUUUUCUGUGAAUGAUUGCUUUCUGGAGUCAACAAAAACCUGAAACGUAUACGAAUAAAACAAAAAUUGGUUUGCGUUUUUUUUUCUGCUUAUGAAACUUAAUGUCGGAAAAUUUUCUCGGUUCCGACGACAAGGCUGAAAUUCAUUUCUUCAAAAUCACUAUCAUUUAGAUAUCAAUAUUAUUCGGAGAGAAGGAAGAAAAAAUUCUCAAUUUAUUAAUAAUUUAGUAACAAUUGUAUGAAUUUAGGCGCGAUCGCGUGUAUCAUAUUUAAUAUUUUUUUUAAAUGAUGAAAUUACAAAUAGUUAAGAGAACCAAUCGUA